UAUUGCAACACAUUUCAAACCUAAUCUCGUCAGUGUGUUCUCAAUUUUGGGUUUAAUCUUCUCCCAAUUCUUAAUUUAGUUAUUACAAAAGCCUACUUUUCUCAAAUACAUUCCUCAUCCAUAACUGUGAUAUCUUUUCAGAGAAUUUUUCAAUUUUGAUUCGGAUAGUAAAAAAAAAAUAUCGGAGAUUACUAAUUUAGCUUCCAAAGAAAGGUGCUUCUGUUGCUGAUUAACUAUCUAAAUCGAAUAAUAUUUAAGGGAGAAUUCGUCGCACUCAGCUGCAAAGGGUUUCGAGCAGGAAGUUUGCAGGAACGCAAAAAAGGGUACUCUUUAGUUAACCGACAACUUGCACAGUGUCCAACCAUUAGUUAAGAGAAGCAAAGUGGUUGUCCCUAUGAAAAAACCUGAAUGGUUAAAGACUUAUUAGAGAUAUUGGAUCAUCUUGAUAGUUUGCUCGCAAAUGACUCUAUAGCAAGAGCGGGCAGGUUACAACACAAUUUAUAAACCUUAGGUUUGAGACUUCUUUGCAACUAUUUUUUUGGAUUGAUGAAGGAGAAAGGGAGAAGUAUGCAGAUUUUCAGGUUCCAUUUAGAAAGAUGAAGAUCCCAAGAGUCCAUACAUCUUCCAGGUAUAUGUACAUAAUACUGGGAUUCUAGCUGUACCACGGAGACCUCAGGGCUUGGAGUUGAUCACAAAAUCUAUGGCGCAUUUGCUAGGAGGAUUAUCUACCCCCCUUCUCUGCAAACCCAAACCCAUUUCUGCUUCUUUGAACCACAAUUAUACAUCUGUUUCAUCUUUUGAUUCUCUAUACAUUAAACGCGCAGCCGAGCUAGCUGACAAAUCUGCCGGAUUUACUGCUCCCCAUCCUAAUUUCGGCUGCGUUAUCGUUGUUCCCAAUGGUGGAGGUACUGUGGUUGGAGAAGGUUACUUGUACGCCGAAGGGACUAUUCCGGCAGAAGUGCAAGCUGUUGAAGCCGCCGGCGAACAGUGUCGAGGUGCCACUGCUUAUCUUAAUAUGGAAUCUGGAGACUGUCACUGUGAUAACAGUGCCGUUUCCGCCCUAAUCAAGGCAGGGAUUAGUAGAGUUGUUGUUGGGAUACGGCAUCCACUGCAACACCUUCGUGGCAAUUCCAUCCACGCAUUGAGAAGUGAAGGUGUUCAAGUUGAUGUGCUUGCGGAAGAUACACAUAAUAAGACUAUUGAGGAGGCUCUCAAAUCCUGCCUUUUUGUCAAUGCUCCUUUACUAUAUAGAGCUGCCUGUCAAGUCCCGUUCUCUGUUCUCAAGUAUGCAAUGACACUUGAUGGGAAAAUUGCUGCUAGUAGUGGUCAUGCAUCAUGGAUCAGUAGCAAAAAGUCAAGAACUAGAGUUUUUGAUAUGCGGGGUAGAAGUGAUGCUGUUAUUGUUGGAGGAAAUACUGUGCGCAGAGACAAUCCACGUUUGACGGUUAGACAUGGAGGUGGCCAUCUGCCUCGGCGUAUUGUAUUGUCUCAAACUCUCGAUCUUCCAGAAGAAGCACAUAUUUGGAAUGUUUCUGAGGUACCCACUAUAGUUGCUACACAAAGAGGUGCAAGGAGAAGUUUUCAGAGAUUGCUUGCAUCCAAAGGCGUUGAAGUGGUGGAAUUUGAUAUUUUAGAUCCUAGAGAUGUCAUGGAGUACUUGUAUGAUCGUGGUUACCUCUCCAUUUUGUGGGAGUGUGGAGGGGCACUGGCUGCAUCUGCUAUUUCUUCUGGGGUCAUACACAAGGUACAUGCAUUUGUCGCUCCCAAAAUUAUAGGUGGGAAAAAUGCACCGUCUCCAGUUGGUGAAUUAGGAAUGGUAGAGAUGACCCAGGCUCUGGAACUAAUUGAUGUUUGCUAUGAGCAGAUUGGACCCGACAUACUUGUUAGCGGGUUUCUACAACCAGUUCCUGAUCUAACACCCACUAUUCCAUCAAUACAAGAAACAUCGGCCAUUGACCCUACUAUUUCUCCUUAUGAGGCAAGCAUCAUAUUCUUUUACAAGACAUGGGAUCCAUAUGGUGCCUUCUCAAACUUCUCUCUCCAUCCAAUUCAAAUGCCUGAUGAAAAUGAAGAACUUGUCACCUGGUCCAGUGUAGAGCAUUAUUACCAGGCACAAAAGUUUGUCGGGGCAUCUGAUCCUAUAGCCAAAAGUUGUAUUGAAGAAAUAAAAUGUGCAAUGAGCCCUGAGGAAGCAGCACGGAUUGGAAGGAGAAUACAGAGGCAACAACCUAAUCUGGUAAGACCGGACUGGGAAUCAAUCAAGAUUGAUGUCAUGUAUAAGGCCUUAAAAUGCAAGUUCACGACAUACCCCAAUUUAUACUCUUUAUUGCUCUCAACUGCGGGCUCUGUUCUUGUGGAGGGUUCACCACAUGAUCUGUUCUGGGGAGGAGGUCGAGACGGAGAAGGCCUUAACUAUCUUGGACGAUUGCUAAUGAUGUUGAGAUCCGAGUUCCUAGGUGACUCUUCAACAAGUCAAAGUUCUUUGCUUCCUCAAACAUCAGAAAGUAAAUAGUCAUAUAUUCUGUCCCAACAAUGUUGGGCUAAUGUUGUAAUCUAGCAAGAAAACUAAGCCUUUUGAUCAUGGCUUAUCUAUUUACUGCUAGAUACACGAGCUCGUGCUGGCACCGGUUCGAUGUAAUUUUUUUAAUUUCAAUUUAUGUGAAAUCGAUGAAAUUUGAAAAGUCAAUCAAAAUUUUUGUAUGAUUUUUAAAUAUUUUAAGUUAAUUAUUGAUUCAUAGUACUUCUAAA